CUGCACUACGGGACCCUCCUGGGCAGCAGAGCUUGUGUCCACAUGGCAGCAGCUGCCUGGGGCACUGGGUUUCUCAAUGCUCUCCUGCACACGGCCAAUACAUUUUCCCUACCCCUCUGCCAGGGCAAUGCUGUGGGCCAGUUCUUCUGUGAAAUCCCCCAGAUCCUCAAGCUCUCCUGCUCAGAUGCCUACCUCAGGGAAGCUGGGCUUCUCAUAUUAAGUUGCUUUUCAGCUUUUGUGUGUUUUGUGUUCAUCGUGCUGUCCUAUGUGCAGAUCUUCAGGGCUGUGCUGAGGAUUCCCUCUGAGCAGGGACGGCACAAAGCCUUUUCCAUGUGCCUCCCUCACCUGGCCGUGGUCUCCCUGUUUGUCAGCACAGGCAUUUUUGCUUACCUGAAGCCCCGCUCCGUCUCUUUCCCAUCCCUGGAUCUGGUGAUCACAGUGCUGUACUCAGUGGUGCCUCCAGUCUCAUGCACCUUGUGA